CCGCGGCCCGCCUCGCCGCCCGUGGUCAAGCUGGAGGUCUUCUACAACUCCGAGUACAGCAUGCCCUCCACCCACGCCAUGUCCGGCACCGCCAUCCCCAUCGUCUUGGUCCUCCUCACCUAUGGCCGCUGGCAGGUACUAUCAACACUUGACUUAAUGAAGAGGGUCAAAUUAUGUCAAGGCUUUCAGUGUGGUUGACUGCGAUAGCGAAGGUGGAGGCCAUUGUUUGUGGAGCUUUGGAAGCAUUUACAUUCAGAAGGAGGCGAAGGGACUGGAAGAAGACUGGGAUGAAAGAGAACCAAAGGACUGUGGUGUUUGGUUUCAAGAUGGGGGAGAGGGGCGGAGUCAACGUUUUCCAAUGCAGAUAUUUACUACCCUUAGAUGCCACUCCUAUUAUGGAGAAGAUUGAAGAGCAAUUUGCUAAUCUGAACAUUGUUAAACGUUCCUCAGGAACUGAAGAGCCUACUUAUCUGCUUGACAUAGACACAUCCAAGACUGUACCAGCAGAAAAAGGAAGCUUGGUUGCUGUUUUAUGUUCUAAUGGGUUAAUCAGAAUAUAUGAUAAAGAAAGGUUAAACAUAGUACGAGAAUUUAGCGGACAUCCUGGACAUCUUAAUGGCGUCAAAUUUGCAAAUUCUUGUGACAUUGUAUAUUCGUCAUGUACCGAUAGCACAAUAAAAUGUUGGGAUGCUCGAUUAACCAGUGAAAAACCUGUCCAGCUUUUCAAGGGUUAUCCUUCCAAUAUAUUUAUCAGUUUUGAUAUCAGCUGUAAUGAUCAUGUCAUUUGUGCUGGUACAGAAAAAGUUGAUGAUGAUGCAUUGUUGGUAUUUUGGGAUGCAAGAAUUAAUUCUCAAGAUGUGUCUACCACUAAAGACCCACUUGGUGCAUACUCAGAAACACAUAGUGAUGAUAUCACUCAAGUAUGUUUCCAUCCCAGCAAUCCCAACAUGGUAGUCUCAGGUUCCACAGAUGGCUUGGUAAAUGUAUUUGAUAUUAGUGCUGAUAAUGAAGAAGAUGCACUGGUUACAACUUGUAACUCAGUUUCAUCAGUUAGCUAUAUUGGUUGGUCUGGGAAAGAUUAUAAACAGAUAUACUGCAUGACACAUGAUGAAGGAUUUUAUUGGUGGGAUCUUAAUCAUCUGGAUACUGAUGAACCAAUUACAUGUUUGAGCAUCCAGGAUGUCAGAGAAGUAAUGAAUUUGAAAGGAGGUGUUUUGGACUAUUUGAUUGGUGGCCUAUAUCAUGAAAAGAUGGACAAAUUAUUUAUUGUUGGAGGAACAAACACAGGAGUUAUUCACUUAAUGAGCUGUACUACAUCAGGAUUGAGCCAUGUGACCAGCCUUCAGGGAGGGCAUGCUGCUACAGUCCGCUCUUUCUUUUGGAAUAUGCAGGAUGAUUCUCUGCUGACUGGAGGAGAAGAUGCACAGUUGUUACUUUGGAAACCAGGAGCAAUAGAGAAGAAAUUUACAAAGAAAGACAACAUGAAAAUAGCAUCCUCUGUGCACCAGCGAGUUCGAACUCACAGUAACGAUUCUUACAAGAGAAGGAAAAAGCAGUGAUAUUACAUUGUGAGUUUACUUGUUAGAUUUUAUAGUUGCAAAUAAUUAUUUUUGUGUACUACCUGUGGAAGACAUGUUUAAAGUUCAUAUGUAAAAACAAGCCAGUUAGCAAACAGUUCUGGAAAAAUGUUGAGAAUGGUUUAAUUCAAUCUUCAUGUAUUCUAAAAUUAUUUUUUAAAGGCACCAGUUGACUAUGUAAUCAGUGAAUUGAAAGUAAAAUUACUUUCCUCAUUUCUAAAACCCAUCUGUUGAGUUAGUAAAUGUUGGGUUUUAAAAAAUAGCUUUGAUAAGGACUUUUUAGAAGUAGAUGGCUGGUGUGACUUAAAAAAACAGGUGGUUUGGGCUGUUUUUUUAAGCUCAAUUUUUUACAUUUUAAAUCUUUAUUAUUUACAAAACAAAUGAGACUUUUCUUCAUUUGAGUAGCUCCUACUUGCCUAAUACACAAAGGUUACCUUGGAGUAUUUAAUAUAAAUUUUCUAAUGAGUCUAAAUAGAAAUAAAAUGAUUUGAUAUCUAUUUAAUGAAAAUGCUUAGUAAAUAUUUGCAUCUGUACUUAAAUAUUGUAGGUUAAACAGUGACAGGUAUUUCACUGAUGAAAAGGAAAUUAUUUUGUAAAAUUCAUUUUGAGACUCAAAGCGAAUCUACAAAAAUAAAAGUAUGAUAGCAAAAUGGCUUUUUAUUUCAAAAUACCCUAAUAUUUUGUGAUAAAAUUUUCUUCCAUAGUGUUUCAUUCAUAAUUUUAAACCUGAAUUUUUGUUUGCUGCUGAUGAAAGAAUCUUCAUUAUAAAGUUAAUUUAUAUAAAGGUUUGCUAUCUCUUACUAUGCUUAAUUAAAAAUAAAAAUAUCUUUAUAGAUUAAAUUAUUUGCAACAGUAUUUUUAGAAUAUUUUAUUUUUUGCAUUAGAAAUAUUGUCAUGAGAAAUACAAAUGUUGCCUGGCUCAGUGGUUGAGCGUCGACCUAUGAACCAGGAGGUCCCUGAUUCCUGGUCAGGGCACAUGCCCAAAAUCAAAACAAAAAGCUUUAAAAGGGGAAGGGAUUAUUAAAAUGAAGUAAUACCAGAGGCUAUUCCAGAACCUCACUCUUCAGAUUGAAAGGCCCAAUAGAGUGUCAAGUGUAAUGAAUGAAAAAACCCACACCAAGGCAUAGCACUAUGAAGUUUCAGAACUGUAAAAAUAAAGAGAAAACCUUGAAAGUUUCCAAAGAGUGGGGAAAAACAAUCACCUAGGAACAAGAAUAAUGUUAGACACCUUAUUAGCAAAUCAGGAUGACAAUGAUGGAUCAAGGCCUUUAAAGUUCUGAGGACAAAUUCCUGCUACCUGAACUUAUUACACUCUGCAAACUCAUGAGCAAGUAAAUUAUAAUAAACUAGAGGCCCGAUGCACAAAAAUCAUGCAAGAGCAGGCCUUCCUUCCCCCGGCUGCCCGCACCGGGCGUCUCUCUGGCACCCGGGACCCGGGCUUCCCUCGCAGCCCCAGCUUCGUCCGGAAGGACAUCUAGUCUAAUUAGCAUAUUACACUUUUAUUUUAGAUUUUGAAACAUCCCUUGCUAAGUGAACAUUUCCUACUUAUUCUCAAAUUCAGGAGCUGAAUUUAUUUGGACUAAAUUUUUAUCAGAGUAUCCAUUGCUCAUCAAACUCAUUGGCUGAACUGGAGAUUGGGGUUUUGGGAGGUAUUUGCUUUUCCAAUCUAUAAUUCUGUGGUCAAAGUGUCCUCAAGUGUGAAGUUAAAUAAUUGCAGCCAUACAAAACUUCAAACUUUUUAUACAGCUUUUUUUAAAAAAAAUAUAUUACUGAUUUCAGAGAAGAAGGGAGAGUGAGAAAGAGAUAGAAACAUCAAUGAUGUGAGAGAAGCAUUGAUUGGUUGCCUCUUGCACGCCCCACACUGGGAUCAAGCCUGCAACCCCAGGCAUGUGCAGGGCAUUAUUGAGCAUUAUAAUGUUAUGGAGUUGGAGAUAACCUGGAUAUCCAUGCAUGGGCGAUAGGUUAGGUAAAAAUGUGGUGGAUGUACACAAUUCGUAUUCUGCAGUAGUUACUUACAAACCAUAGAGGUCCACUUUUUAAAAAAAUAUAUAUUUUAUUGGUUUUUUUACAGAGGGGAAGGGAGAGGGAUAGAGAGUUAGAAACAUCAAUCAGCUGCUUCCUGCACACCCCUCACUGGAGAUAUAGGUGCAACCAAGGUACAUGCCCUUGACCGGAAUCGAACCUGGGACUUUUCAGUCCGCAGGCCGGCGCUCUAUCCACUGAGCCAAACCGGUUAGGGCCACAGAGGUCCAUUUUAACCAUAUGGCUUGAUCAUGAAAAAACAGUGCCCAAUGAAAACAGUGAGAAACAGAAUGCAUGUGUGGGGAAAGCCAUUUAUAUAAAUUUAAAAUAUACAAAAAUUCAUUUUGCAAGAAUGUGCAAUUAUACAUAUUAAUCACCAUAGAGUUGUUGCCUGGUAUGGGGGAAGAAGGGAAUGGAAGUGGGUUUAGAAAUAAAAGGAAGAGAGGAUGAGAGGGAGGAGAGAAAGAGAAGACAUGACAAAAAUUUCAAUAAGAAAAAAUCAUUUUGAUAGGAUAGUAUAACUUGGAGAAUUUGAGAACUAAUAAUAGAAACAUGCAAAGGAAAGGGGGUGGGGAAUAAUUUUUUAACUCCAAGGGGUAAAGAAUUGUAUAAGAAAUGUAAGCACAGUAUGUAUUUUAUCAAAAGUUGUAAAACUGUAUUGCAAGCAGGGAAAGGAAAGGUUGUGCACAUGCGUAAUUUUCAUCUUCCAUAGUAUAAAGUGAGCAUUCUUUCUAUGGAUAAAUCAAGAACAUAGCAAUAUAAGCAUGUUAUUUAAAAGCAUCUAAGUAAAUCACCUGGAAAAAUAGCUAAGAAUUAAAAGUGGUCCUCCUCCCCCCUCACUACCCCUCUCCCAGAAGAUAGAAAGGCGGAAGAGGAGGAGGAUGGGGGACUGCUGUUGUUAUUGUUCUUUGACCUUUUGGUAGAAUACAACCUGUGGUAGAGUAUCAGGGUACUUUGGUUGCAAAUAACAGCUCAAUUCAAAUGAACCAAAUGAGGAACAUAUUACCUCACAGAAGUUCAGAAGCGUUUCUAGGGUUUGAUUGUUAACAAGAAUGCAAAUUCUUGCCAGUUUUCUGCUCUGCCAAUCUUUAUCUUGUCAGCUUCAAGUUCACAAGAUAACUGCAAUCAGCCAGUGAUCAUAUUCACACUCAGCAAAGUACAGGGGAAAAGGGACUUUUUCUUUGCUUGUGCCUCUGCGUAAAAUAGUCAUGAGCAAGAAAAAUUCGAUCACUACCAACUGGCCCAAUCAUGAUUCACUGCCUGUGGGGCUGAAGAUAACAUACACUCCCCUGAAGCACAUGGUUUCAGAGCAGGGUACAAAAAGUAGGUUGGGUUGAUGAAUAGUUGUUCUACAGGUACUACUUGAUUUCAGUUACGUGUAUAUGUUACUUCAAAAUAUAUCUCAUUUUGCCCAGCUGGUGUGACUCAGUGGUUGAGCAUUGACCUAUGAACCAGGAGGUCAUGAUCAGGGCACAUGCCCGGGUCCCAGGUUGCGGGCUCGAUCCCCAGUGGGGAGCAUGUAGG